CACCUCACCUUUGGCAGUGACAGUGAGAGCCGUCUCUGGUUGUCAUUUUUGUCCUUAAAUUGGAAUAUUUCCAACACUCCAUCAGCAUCUUUGAAAAAGGAGUUUCUUGAGAAGACAAUUGCACAAUGAGGAUUUUCAUAGCCUUUGAGGGAUCUUUUGAGCCAUUUGAUGUUUCAGCUAAUGAAACUGUGGAGGCUGUUAAGCUGAUGAUAAAGGAUUAUUUCCACAUUCCUCUCUCUGAAGACAAACAAGGCAGGCGGUACCUGGAGCUGAUGUAUGCUGGAGCAGCCCUGAAGGACAAUUGGAGUAUUGGUGAUGUUGGGGUAUCCUUUUGUUCAACUCUUAAAUGCUUUGUUAAGGAAGAAGACAAGCCAGUUCUCCAUGUGUUCAAUGCUGUAACACAAGAGACAAUGCCGAUAACAGAGAGCAUCUCUCUUCUUGGUAAAAAAGUGUCUGAUCUGAGAACACUGAUAACUCUGAGAUGUGGCUUCCCCGUGAGUGUCUACUGCCUCCGGACCCCUGAGGGACUGGAGAUGUAUGACUGCAACACCCUUAGGGACUACCAGACAGAAAUCGGCAUAACACUUCGCUUGGAUGUCUGGGAUGGAUGGAAGGAAUUUCUGAUGGGUUGUCUCCUAGGACAAAAGCUUAAAGUUCAACGCUACUUAUCAGAAGAAGGACCAGUACACAAGUAUCAGAAAAGAGUGGCCCUGUACAUCGCCGCCUUUUAUGGGUACAUUGAGCUCACUGAAUGGGCCCUGAAGCAGGGUGUGCGGCCCAAUGAGUCGGUCGGCGUUCACCCCUACCGAGCAUGGUGCCAUGAAGCCCUUCAUGCAGAUGUCUCUAAAUGCCCCAUUCAUGCAGCUGCAGAAUCAGGCCAACUGUUGAUUCUGAAGACCUUUGUCAACUGCAGCGUGCUGUGCCUGGAAUGCAAAAAUGCAGCAGGACAAACUCCCCUGACCAUUGCCCUCAAACACAAGCAUAAAGACUGUGUAUUAUAUUUGCUGAAUAAAAUGUGGUCCACAAUCUCUUUUCCAAAAAUUUCAAUCUCCAUGAGAAUUUAUAUCAAAAUAAAAAAAUGGAUCCUCAGAGCUCAUAGUCGCAGCCUUAAUAAAACGCAGCUUUACCGAGCAAGGGUCUCUGGGGCAAGAGUUGGUGAUACUGUGAUGGUGGAUGGUUUCAGCAAACCAAAAAUGACCUCCCAAAGCUGGCAUAAGUACUGGAACAAGGACUCACAAAGCACCCUGUGCAAGUUGUCUCCUCUGGGGGAACAGACUACAAGCAGAAACCCUGUGAAUCCUCUGGCAAGUUCACAGCAGAACACAGAAAAAGAAACUCUCAAGUCCCUCAAGUUUCCUCCACUGGUAGAUGCAAAUAAAUUCUCUGAAUUACAAAGACAUCAAGAAAAAAAUCAGAAAAAAAGUACUGACACAGCUAGCAAAAAAGAAAAGUUCAUAAAAAAUGGAUAUCUCCCUCAAGCACCCCUCCCUCCAGUUUCAAAAACGGGAUAUUCACACCCUUCAUUUUACUAUGCAACGCCCAGUGCUGUCUUUUCACUAAGAUCCUCCUUCACAUCUUUCUCGAAGCACAGUGGAAAGACUCUAAGGGAGAAUGCAGUCUACUGCUUAGCUAUGGCAAGGUAAAGUAUUCUCUUUUAAACACAUAAGGAGGGUAAACCUUUCACAGGACAGGUUC